GUGAGAUCAAUUCUGUCUUUCGGUGCUGCCUUCGCCGUUCUACAAUCAACGUGUUAUAACGUAUUUUACAGAGAAAACUAAAUAAAUUCAUAUCAUAGCGAUUUUUUGUGAAUACGUGUACGAGCACUUCGAAAAAUAUAAAUGCAUUUUUUAUUCAUUUUUUAGCACCAGUAACCGCGUUUAGAACAAAGGAAACAGGUGGAAUUUCCGCGAUGUUCGUAAAGGCAUCAGCUCCACUCCUGCUGUUUUAGUUAAAGACUCUUUCGGGUCCCUUUUUAAACGAGAAAAUGGAAAAGAAAGUGUUAAGGGUUUUAUAGGGUCCUCCUAGUUGAUGCACCCUUUCACGCACGUCGCCAUGAACAAAUGAAUUCGCGGGGAAUAAAAUAUCGGUUUCACAAAGGAGAAAGAGUUCUGUGCUUCGAACCAGACCCAACCAAGGCUAAAGUGUUGUACGACGCUAAGGUCCUUGAUCUCAUAGUAGGUACAGAUGAACAUGGAAGAAGAAUCCCAAAGUACCUGAUUCAUUUUAAUGGUUGGAACAGAAGCUGGGAUCGUUGGGCUGCAGAUGAUCAUGUCCUAAGAGACACGGAGGAAAACCGUACAUUGCAACGUAAAUUGGCUCGCAAAGCUCUCGAUCGCAUGAAGAAAAAAGGAUGGUCAAAGAGGCGUCGUCGUCAGUCUGGCUCUAAAACCUCUCUGAAGACUCUCCCCAAAGAGGAUGAGAGUGAUGACGCAUGCUUGAUUUCAUCAUCAGACAGCAGUGACGGGGACGAUUCUGACCCUGAAUCUUCAAACAGUGGGGAUAGUGCCUUCUCUGAAGACACUAACAAAAUGAAGGUUGAACCAGACAGUAACAUCAAGAGGGAAAGCGAGGAGAAACUGGUCCACAUUGACAUCAACAUCCCAGAUGUUCUUAAAAAGAAACUGGAGGAUGACUGUUUCUACAUCAACAAGAGGAAGAAGCUAGUGAUGGUUCCCUGUCAGAUGAAUGUGGUGCACAUCCUGGAAUCCUACGUCAAACACUUUGCCAUCAACAAGGCUUUCAUGGCCAAUGAGCGGUACCGUCGGCAGCAGAACACCACACAGAGCAGCAGUCCUCAGGCCAUCCCACCGGAGAAGAGCGAGGAGCUGUGUAAGGAAAUGGUGGAUGGCCUGAGGAUCACGUUUGACUUCACCUUACCCAUGAUUCUCCUUUAUCCUUGUGAACAAGCGCAGUUUAAGAAGGUCAGCUCCACCAGGCUCUUCUUGGCGAUGAAUGACACCUCUCCAUGCUCCAGCAGCGCUCAGAGAGACCGCAGCCCAAGUCCGCUGGGGCACAACCCUCCAACUCCUCAGUCCACUGACAGCCAACCAGCACUCAGCGACAUCUCUACCACUACCACACCUACUGCCCCAGCUCCUACCCCAAAGCGGCGCCGCCACCCUGACAUGGACUGCAUCUCAUACCAGUCCCAGUCUCAGUCUCAGUCGCUAAGACGUUCCACGAGGAACACAUCAGGAAGUGACCGCCCAGCUGAAGGCAGCAGUGGAGGUGGAGGGAGUGCCACAGCAUCACCACAACUCAAACGCAGAGUGGUCGACACCUCAUCUCAGCCAAAGUUUUUUCUCAACCUAGACAGAAAAACCCCAGUGCACAGUGGGUCAUCUUCUCCACUGCCUUUGACACCAAGCAAGGAGAGGAGUGGCCUCUUCUAUGGACUGGAGAGUCGCAGGAACAAUGAGCUCAAUGAGGUUCUAAGUUGGAAACUGACUCCUGAUAACUACCCUCUGAAUGACCAGCCUCCUCCACCAUCCUAUCUGUACGGAUCCCAGCACCUCCUCCGUCUUUUUGUGAAGCUUCCUGAGAUCCUGGGGAAGAUGCAGAUUCCUGACAGGAACCUCCGAGCUCUUGUUAAACAUUUGGAACUCUUUCUCAGGUUUCUGGCAGAAUUCCAUGAGGAUUUUUUCCCUGAGUCAGCAUAUGUGUCAGCGUCUGAGGCCCAUUACAGCAUGAAACAGCCAAGGCCUGUUUACUAAGGAGGAUGUCGGCUGCAAUGUUGUCUCUUUUUAAUCAAACAAUUCCUUGACAUUAUGACCUGGUUGGACUUGUGUGCAGAGAGAUGUUAGUAGUUUUCCUUGGAGCUGGACUGGACUGAGCUUUUUUUUUUUUUUUCCUCCUGUAUCUCAAUUUCCUCUCUGGCACUAACAUUAUUUUUCCUUCAUUUUUGUACAACUACCUGCAGUACUUUGUGUAGAUUUCCACUCACAUUAGAGCACAAGAGGCUUUUCUGCUGGAGUAGAAUUAGGUGCUAUUAAGCUUUUUUUUUUAAUGAAACUUAGUUGCAGCAAAAUAGCUGAUGAUUGUAAAGUUUUUAAAAAUAUAAACAUCAUCAGCGUUGCCACACAAACAAUUCUUUUUGGUUUCUAAGUCAAAUAUAGACUUCAAAUUGACUUCUAACUGCAGUGUUUGUUGAAUUAACAUGAGGUAUUUUCUCUCCAGUAAUGCUUGCACGUUCUUUUGUCCAUGUUUGCGAGAAGCAAUGCACACAAUUGUCACAAAAAAGGAAUACGGAAUUGCUAGAAUGCUAGCUGCUGAACUGAAUUUCUUCUUUAUCUUUUAGCUAUCAGCUACUUUUGAGCCUUUCUUACUUCCUUUUGAUCAUCUUGACAUUUGUUUCGUCUUCAGCUUGAACUUUCUUCUGCCUGUCCCACGUUAGAAGAUUUCAGAUCAGUCAGGUUACCUGUAGUGAUAAGACACUGUAAAUACAAAUUAGCUUUGCACAGGCAUAUUUUUUUAUAUUUAUUGUAAGACAAGCUUCUGUCAAUGUUCUGUCCUGAAAUAGUCUGUGAUGCACAAGCCUUGUAGAUACAAUGUCAUGUAGGUGUAGCAUUUCUGUUUGAUUGUGUACAUUUUUCAGCUGUAUUUUUUUAUUUCAUUUCUUUGUUAAAAAACAAAAACUUCCUCAAUUAUUAAAUAAAUGUCUGUCUUUA